GACGUCGAUCACUAUAAUUCGUACGUCGGACGAAAUCGAAACGAAUCCUCUCUAGUCACGAAUCCGAAUCACUGUAGCCAGGCUCAUCAGAGCAUCGAUUCAUUCGCCUCGGUCUGACGAUCGAUAACAUCCAAAGUCAUCAUAAGCGCUCAUCACAAGAUGGCCCGGGAGGAGGGGCCGCUACUCAAUCGAUUACUAAAUGCCAAUUCCAUCCUCGAACAGACGGCAGCUUUGCGGACGUUGAAGCAUGAGAUAAUCGGUCAUGAUCAGAGGAAAGAAAGAUGGGUCAAUUCAGGCAUUGUGUCGAUAUUAUCACGGAUUCUGGAAUGCUCGUCACGGGAUGAAUAUGAUUCCAGCAAGGAAGUCAUGUCCGAUGGACAACGGGAUGGAGAAUCAUCAAGAGGGCAGAAUAAUAAUUGUAGGAGCACUAGGUCGAUGACUGAGGAGCAGGAACUUUGCUUGCAGGCUGUCAUUAUAAUAGGCAGCUUGGCCCAAGGUGGUCCUGCUUUUCUCUCGCCUAUUAUGUCCAGCGAAGCCAUUCCUUCUAUGCUUGCCAUUAUCUCGUCACCUAAUUGCCCACAGUCACUUACAGUCGCCAUUCUCAAAACGCUAAGCAACAUUGCGGAUCGAUAUCCCCUUCAGAAUAUAAACUGGCCUCAAGACAACCGACUAGCAGAAAUUCUGUUUACUCCAGAUACUAUUUCAUGUUUUGCUCGUAUAAUUGCUCAGAGCUCAUCUUUCUCGGCAACACAGACAUGUGCAACUCUUGCCGCGAAUAUCAUUGCUAGACUAUGCACAGAAGAAACUCAUAAGGCCGCUCUUGCAGAAUUUGGUAUCUUGGACGCUUUGGCUCUGAAAAUUGCCUCAUUCGUUGUGGCCCAGGGAUUUGUACUACCCGGUGCAGAGAAUCAUCUAGGGGAAGAUGGAGCAUUGCCAACACUUCCACAGCCAGCUCCACCAGCAGCCAAGUUGGGACCAAUCCUGCGGGCGACUUCGGUCAUUGUUGAGAAUUCGAAGUGGCGUGCAGAACAUUUUCUUUCGUCUCCGGGUAUUGUCACAGUGUUUCCGGGACGUCUACCGGAAUUCUCACCAGCGGAUAUCAAGAAGAAUCCAUGGGGAAUGCCAUAUCUGUCAGGGUCAGCCGUUCCUCGCCAAAAUCAUACAAAUCCUAUGGAUUCUCUGCUACCUGUUGUCCCCCUGGCGCAAAGCAGCGCCUCUACGAAUUUUCCACCUCUGGUCCCUAUAGGAUCAUUUCAUAAGCGCUCCCUCUCAUUCCUGGAAGCGCCUUCGUACGACGAAGAUGAGAGUGCUCUUGUACCUUGGCUUUUCCACAUGGUCAGAACAGAGAAUGGAAUGUCUCGCGUGAUGGCAGCUCGUCUUGUUACGGGGUUUUUCAGACUUGGACUAGCGAGAAAACAUCGGAUUCCCAUGUUCAACUACCUAGUAACUCCUUUACUACUGAGAAUGCUUGAUAAGGAUUAUGACUUCAGGGACGAUUCGGAUCCUGACUACGAUGGUAUGAUUCCAACAGCUCUUGCUUUGAAAGAGGAAGUGCCGUCUAUCAUCGCUAUAUUGGUCAUGGACACGCAAGAAUUACAAAAACAUGCCGUCGAAGCAAAUGCUAUCAAAAUACUCUCUCAACUACUUAAAGAAACAUACAACCCUCGUCCUGAUAAUGGUAAGCCCAUGUGGUACGCCGAAAGCAAAGACAAAGAUACGGUGUCUGCGGUACCAGCUACUCUUAAACUAGGACCAGUUGGCUACAGCCCAAUGACGUGCCACAUCAUGCGAUAUCGAGAAGGUAUCCUACGCGCAUUGGCAGCGCUUGCGCCAUUUAGGGAUGAAUAUCGAAAGGCAAUAUGCGAGAACGGAGUUGUCCCGUAUAUAAUCGACUCUCUCAAACCACGGCCACCAUUAGAUGCACAGGACACCAGAGGCACAAAGAAUACCGCUGCAGAUGGCAACUCUAUACCCACUUUACUCGCUGCAUGUGGUGCCGCUCGAGCUCUUACGCGUUCCGUUAGUGUGCUCAGGACAAGCCUAAUCGAUGCCGGGGUGGCAACCCCUCUUUUUGAAUUGAUCAAGCAUCCGGAUAUUGAGGUACAAAUAGCAGCAACGUCGGUGAUAUGCAACAUUGCAUUGGAUUUCAGUCCUAUGAAAGAGGCAAUCAUCUCUGCUGGUAUCCUUCCUAUUCUGUGUGAUCAUGCACACUCCAAUAAUACUAAACUCCGCUUGGAGUCACUUUGGGCUCUUAAACACAUUGCAUAUAAUUCAACAAACGACAUCAAAAACAAGAUCGUGGUUGGUCUUGGUGCCUCGUGGCUAGCAGAAUUAAUGUCAAUCGAUCCUACCAGUAGAAGAAAUCUUGCGGCUGAUUUCAAGCCUGGGACGCUUAUGGGCAUGGGAACUUCUAACUCAGCAGGUGAAAAGGUUGAUUUGCUCAAUCCAAUGGAGGACGUAACGAGAGGGGAAGAGGCAAGGGACAGUCCGUUGGCGAGCGACAGUACUAGUUUCGACGCUCUUCUUACGGAUCCAAACCGACGGAAGAAACUGGCCAUGAGCGGGGAGAUUGAUCAAACAAGGCAGGCAAGACAGGACGAUAUCGCCGUACAAGAACAAGCUUUGGAUUUGGUCCGUAACAUCAUGUGCGGUAACGGUGCCGCGGAAGUCGUUGACUUCCUUCUGGACGAAAUCGGUCAAGAUGAGUUUCUUAACAUAUUAGCAGAAAAGAUGCGACCAAGACCAAAUCCCACUCGACGCGACACAGCAGCCAAUCCACCGCCGCCACCGAUGCCAGCCGAAAUUCUCGUUGCAGUGACCUAUGUACUCGUCAAUCUUACAGCGGGCCCACCAAAACACCGAGAUCUCCUGUUUACGCACCGCGAGCUACUCAAGAAUCUGAUGUGGUUAUUCGAGCAUCCCAACCGCGCCGUCCGAGUGAACUGCGUCUGGGUAGUGAUCAACCUGACAUUCGAAGACGACCAAAGCGGCCGUCAAGCCUCGUACGAACGAGCCGUAAAACUCAAAUCGUUGGGCGUGAUAGAUCGACUUCGCAGCGUCGAGGAGGACUCCGAUUUGGAUGUGAGAGAACGAACAAAAACAGCUCUUCAUCAAAUUCGCCAAUAUAUGAAUGCAUAGAUUUUUUUUUCUUUUGGUUGGCGACUACGUACCUUCAUCCUGUUUUACUAUAAUAUGCAUUAUUCGUUCGUGUACAUGUGAAGAUAUAUGUCUUAUGGAAUCGUUGGUAUAGUUCAUUCUUUGCAUUGACAAAUUUUGGCAUUCGGUGAGCGAGGUUAGU